AUGGCUAUGAAUGACACCGCGGCCAAGGUCGAAAAGAACACAAGCAUGACCACUCCCUCCUCCACACCGGCUGCCGCCGCCGCCAACAACUCCGCGGCACCGGCCACCGAAGACAGUGCUGCUUCCACCAUUACUGUCAACACGAAGACACCGGCCACUUUCCCUCCCCCCAAGACCGACAAGCCCCGCCCCCAUGUGUGCGCGACCUGCCAGCGCUCCUUCGCCCGAUUGGAGCAUCUGAAACGCCAUGAGCGCUCCCACACCAAGGAGAAGCCCUUCGAAUGCCCCGAGUGCACAAGAUGUUUCGCCCGUCGCGACCUGUUGCUGAGGCACCAGCAGAAGCUGCACCAGACUACCACCCCGUCGUCUCGCCCCCGCAACCGCCGUGAGAGCGCCAGCAGUGCCGCGCCUGGAGCCCGCGCCCGCAAAAACAGCGUUGCCGGUCCCAACGCCGCCGCCGCCGCCGCCGCAAAUGCUGCCGCCGCCUCGAUGCGUCCGAGGGCAAACACCAUCAGCCACGUCGACGGGAACGCGAUGCAGAUGAUCGCUGCCGCCAACGCCCAGGUGGCGGCCCGUGGCAUGCCACCUGGCACACACAACCGUCACCCCAGUCUGGCCGGCUUGCCCGUGCACAACAUGGACUUCGGCGGCAUGUCGGCCGCCAUGGGCCACCGCGGCAUGUCUCACGGUCUGCCCAAGCUCGAGACGCAUAGCAUCAACCACAUGGACUUUAGCGGCCUGCGGACCGCUCCGCCCAUGGCCGUCUUCAACCCGGACUUUGACUACGGGGACCUGCUGUUCGGCCCGGGGUCCACCAUCAACCCCAAUGCUCUCCACUACAACGACUCGCCGCAGUCCAUGGCCAUGGACCAGCCCUCACCCUUCCCCCACGGCCUCACGUCCGACCUCUCGACGGCCCAGCUGGACGACAGCUUCGACUGGCUGACGGGCUUCGAGCACCAGAUGUCUUUCCAGGGCGCCGAGAACGCCGUCGACGGCUCGAGUCCCUCGGCCAUCAGCACCACCAGCCAGAGCGGCAUCAGCGAUGUCAUGGUCGACGGCUCCAAUCACCCUGCCCCGGCAGGGACCAGUUCAAUGUGGCAACCGGCCGUCAUGGGUCCUCCUCAGGUCCCCAACCCGUUUGCCAUGGAUCUAAAUGGUUCGGUCUUCCCAGAUCUCUUAAACGGAGCCCCCGUCUCACCACAACCUGCUGCGCAGAAAAUGAACGAUGCCUAUUUCUCGACGCCGCCUCCCUCUCUUAGCUCCCUCAGUCCGUCGAUGGUCUCCGGACUCUCCAACAACACGCAAAACCUCAACCACGCCGCCCUCAACUUCAGCCACCACGCCGGCCCCGAGACGCCCUCAUCCCUGACGGGCGGCAACCACGGCGUCUCGCCCGUCUCCACCAUCACCGAAUCGACCCGUGGCGCCAUCGUCGGCGCCCUGUCACAGUGCUCUCCAUUUGGAGGACGGAGAUACUCGUUUGCGACCCCGAGCUCGCCAUUGUCGCCGGGCUUUCAGAACACGGCCAACAGUGUUCCAGACCAUGUAAAGAAUUUACCUAGCACUCAAGACUUGCAACGAUAUGUUGGCGCUUACCUUCGUUACUUCCACCCUCAUCUGCCGUUCUUGCACAUUCCCACUUUGACCUUUGAGAUGCCGCCCUCGGCUGCCAACCGCUCUAGCCCCGUCGGUGGGAGCGGCUGUCUCAUCCUUUCCAUGUCUGCCAUUGGCGCCCUGUACGAAAUGGACCACGUCCAGUCCCGGGACCUGUUUGAGAUGGCCAAGAAAAUGAUUCAACUGUACCUUGAGGAACGGCGGAAAGCCGACGUGAGAAAGGCCGACUUACGAAGAGCCCCAGCAGCACCCGAGUCGUCGACGUCUCAUCAUCAUCCUCACCAGCAGCAGCAGCAGUAUCCCCAGGAAUCCUCUGUCCACACUCCCGUUUGGCUCGUGCAGGCCAUGCUGCUAAACGUCGUCUAUGGCCACAACUGCGGCGAUAAGACGGCGAGCGAUAUCGCGUCGACCCAUUGUGCUGCCCUCGUCAGCCUGGCCCAGGCCGCCGAUCUCCUCCGCCCCGUUCGCGUGGAGCCCAACGACGCUCAUGAUACUCACAUGCAUGACGAUGCCAACUGGAGCGGCCUUAAGUCGGACUCUGAGGAGGAGCAGGUAGAAUGGCUGCGUUGGAGGGCGAUGGAGGAACGCAAACGCACCCUCUACGCCGUCUUCAUUCUCUCAAGCCUCCUGGUUGCCGCCUACAAUCACACGCCCGCCCUGACAAACUCUGAAAUUCUGCUUGACCUGCCAUGCGACGAGGACUUCUUCGCCGCCGAGAGCAGCACGGCCUUUGCCGCCAUGGGCGGUGUCCGCGCCGCCAACCAUAACCGGAUGACGUUCCACGAGGCGCUGGGCGACCUGCUCAGGUCCAACGAGAAGCAGCAGAAGAAGCAGCUUGCCUUCAACAAUGGGCAACAGCCCUUCGGUCAGGCCGGCAGCGGCGGCAUGAACGACGGCGACCUCAAGCCGUCCACGUUGGGUUGCCUGAUACUGAUCAACGCGCUGCACAACUACAUCUGGGAAACGCGCCAACGACACCACAACAAGGUCUGGACCAACGAAGAGACGGAGAAGAUGCACCGCCAUAUCGAACCGGCCCUGAAGGCCUGGCAGGCCGCCUGGGCAAGCAACCCGCACCAUAGUCUGGAGCGGCCGAACCCCUUCGGCCUCGGGCCACUGUCGGCCGACGCCAUCCCGCUGCUCGAUCUGGCCUACGUGCGACUCUUUGUGAACCUUGCGCGCUCCAAAGAGAAGUUUUGGCAACGCGACUGGGACGCCAUGGCCGAGGAGCUCUCUCGCGGCAGCGAAAUUGUUCAACACGCGGAACACUCGCCCGCCUCCAAUACGGAAUCGACCGGCACAGAGAACUCCGACAACUCCGUCUCCAGCUCGGUGUUUGCCGAGUCCCCGGCAACGCAGUCUUCGUCCCCAGAGUUCUCUUCUGCCAAGUUCCCUUCCCAGACCACCCAGACGGCGCCGAACCGAUCCACCUCUCGCAGGGAGAAGCACCUCCGCAAGGCCGCAUUCUACGCCGCCGACUCGCUCGCCAUGUCGGACAAGCUGGGCGUGACCUUUGCCGACUUUUCCAGCCGGGAACUGCCUCUCCAGGCGGCCAUGUGCGCCUUUGACUGUGCCCAGGUUCUGGCUGAGUGGGUUGCGACACUGCAGGAUCGAGUCGGCCGGUAUCUCGGCAUUCUCGGCCAAGACGACGUGGACCUCUCGCAGGUCCCGGCCAUCAUGUUGUUGGAAGAGGAAGAUGUCAAACUGCUCGGAAAGGUCCGGGAGGUGCUGGCUUCGGCCGAGAUGAAGAUGAACUUUGAGCUUGUUCAGGGCAACGUUGUUGAUGUCGAUACUAGGAUGCACAUGGAUGAUCAUGCGGGUUAUGCGGCCAAAAUCCUCCGCGUCACCGCUUACAUGCUUGACAAGGCCGCCGUGUGGCCAGUCACCCACCUGAAGGCCCGAUGCCUCGAAGCACAUGCUACCCACGUGCGCGCCAGAGCCGAGAAGUCGGUGAUGACUAGCGAGUAA